AUGAGUACAAUUGGUUAUGGACGGUCCAGCGCUCUGGAAACGUAUGUGCGUGGACAAUGGUAUAAAGUAUAUGUAACUCUGGAAGAUGAUUACCUAUGCAUUAGUUUGGAUGAAACCUAUGAAAAUUGUACACCCGUCAAUGUAUCAUUAAAUAAUAAUACAUUAGGUAAACAAAUUUUGAAUGCCAAUUUUACUAAUAUAUUUUUAUUUAUUAUUUGCUAUAAAACUAAAGUUAUGAAAUUCAAUUUAUUUAACAAAUAAUUAAUAAAUAGUUGUUGAUUUAAUUAAUAUAAAAAUGCCUUGAGUAAAUAUUAAAAUAAACAAUUAUAGUUCUAUUAUUUUUAAUGCAAAUUCUUUUCCGAAUUGUGCAAACAUUUUGAGGGUUGAGCGCCUAAUUAUUUAAUUAGUGAUUACUUGAUUUAAGUGGGAUUGACUAAGUUUUAGAGAGAAAUCAACCCUACCCAAUUAGUACUUCAUCACUUUCCUUUUCGAAAAUUUCAUCCUACUUUUAUGUUUCAGAUUCUACUGGAAGUCAUAUUGAUUGUGUUGAUGUACCAGAUUCUGUAGCUGAUGAUAGACGCAUAAUACGCCUAACAAAAAAUGAUAGUAAUGGCUUGGGCAUUUCCAUUAAAGGUGGAUGUGAAAAUAAAAUGCCUAUUCUUAUAUCUAAAAUAUUUAAAGGCAUGGCUGCAGAUCAAACUGAAAAGCUUUAUGUUGGUGAUGCUAUACUCUCUGUCAAUAAUGUAGAUUUGAGCCAAGCUACCCACGAUGAGGCAGUAAAAGCACUCAAACAAGCUGGAAAAUUGGUUGAAUUGGAAGGUUAGUUGAAGGAAAAUUACAUGCCAAUUAUGAUAUUUAUGAUAUAUAUAUAUAUAUAUAUAUGUGACGCGAACGGUUUUUGUUAUCGCGUUGGGGUAAUCGUUCAACCUAACCGGUCGACUAUCGCAGUAGUUAGCUGGCCAGUGUUCGUUCUGUGGCUGUAGUGCGAACUACUUUCUAUGUCAGAAUGUAUUUUGAUCUGAUGUAAUUAUAUUCAAAUAAAUCUACAAAUCUUACACCAAUAUUUGUACUUGUUUAUUAUUUUAAAAAUUGUUUUUUUCAUUAAUUGUAAAUAAUAUACUACCUUAAUACAAGAGUAUGUUAGAUAAAAUAUUAAAAAUAAUUCAUAUUAAUAACUUAAGGUUUUGAAAAUAAAUAUACUUCAUUAAACCAUUUAUCGAGGAAAGUAAUUUUUUUCUUUUAACACUUUAUAAAAGUACCAGAUGAUCUAUUUAAGUGUGUACACUCAUUAUCUCAGAAAGUAUUAAGUUUUUCUGAAUUUGUUUUUCAUUUUGAAAACUUAAGAAAUAAUAGUUCUAAAAUGUUACAUUAUCUUUUUUUCACCACCUUUAUUUUUGGGGAUGAAACGAUAACCUACUUUUGAUUUUCAAAUGGCAAAGUAUUAAAAAUGCUUUAAAUAAAUGGAAUAUAUGGUAGUUAAAAUAAUUGUUUUUUUUUUGGUAUUUUUGGUUUCCGUCAACCCAUUAACAAGAUAUUGUAUUGAGCUUAAAGUUUAGGGUCAAUAAAUGCAAUGUAUAUCAUACAUUAUUGUUUUGUUUUUGUAAAUCAUCAAUUAACUAUAAUACAAGUUAAAUUUUUACCUUAUUCAGAUAGCAUGAUAAAUUGAUAACAUAUUCAUGCAUACAAACCAAGCCGAUGGAUUUUGGCUGAUAGAAAGUUAUGUAAAAUGAACACUAAUGGUUUUGGACUACAUUCCAAGUCCAAUUCCUAAAAUAAAAUCAAAAUAAAUAUUAGUUGUGUAAUAUAUUAAAACAAUUUGGAAGACAAUUUUAUUUUAUUAUUUGGAAUAUAUUGAUAAUACAAUAAAAAAUUAAUAUAUAACAUUUUAACAUUUAUAAUAUAAUAAAAUUAUUUUGUCACCAAAAUGAUUUCAAUUAAACGUAAAACAAUACUUAUGCUUAAUUAUGGUAUUUAAGAAUAAGAUAAUUGUAUUGACGAACAAAAAAAUGUCAUUCAAUUUUUAACAUUAGUUUAUCUAAAAUUGUGAUAGGGUUAUUAUUAAAUAAUUCCUGCAUUCUCUAUAAAACAAUAUACUUCAAUCAAUUUUAAUUUAUGUUAGAGCUCAGUAAUUUGUACUUCUUGAAGUUAAUGGUUAAAUAAAUCAAUAUUUAAAAACAGUAUUUAUUUUAAUUUUAUCUCACAGGUUUAAGUUAUUGUUAAUUAUAAAAAUUAAAUACUUACUAUUUCAAUGCUAUCGCCAAAAUCUAACCAAAGUAAUCUGUUAUCCACUUGGGUAGUAGAACAGCGCAUGACAUUUUAAUAAUGCAGCAUUACUCUUUUCAAGCUUAAACUUAAAAGAGAAAUAUCUUGUUAAUGAAUUGACGAAAGCCUAAAAUUUCAACAGUAAAAAUGAUAAUUCAAAAUAUUAGAACUACACAUUUGUUUUUCUUAAGUUUAAAAUAAAUUCUAAAAAAGUUAAUACUUUCUGAAAUACUGAGUUUUUUCAGUUGAAUGAAUCACCCUGUAUAUUAUUAUUAUGAAUUACAAUUAAAAAAAUUUCAAAUUUAACAUAUUAUUUUAAAAUUGUAUGUAUACAAAUUAUGUAUUUUGUAUAAUAAAAUUAUUAAUUUUAUGAAUGGUUUCGUUCAAGGUAGUAUGAAUUUCAAGUACAAAUGCAUUGUUGUAGUAAUUUAGUUUUUAUUGUUUCAGUUAAAUAUUUACGGGAAGUGACUCCAUAUUUUAGAAAAGCGACUAUUAUAUCUGAAGUAGGAUGGGAAUUACAACGAGGAUUUUUAUCAUUAAACCCGCCUAUUCAUCGCUCUCCACAAAAAUCUGAUACUCGGUAUUUACCAUUACAACUUUGUUGUUUAACACGAAAUUAUAAGCAUCCUGAUCCUGGUAUUUUAUAAAUUAUAAUUUGAUUUUUUCUCAUCACUUACAAUAUUUAUAUACAUUUCAGAGAAUAAAACAAUUGAAUUACAUUCACCAGAUGGUAUACAUUCUUGUAUAUUAAGAACUCAAGAAGUCAAUGAAGCAAUUUGUUGGUUUAAUACUAUUCAUGGUGCUUUAAAUGUUUUAUGUUUAAAAGCAUUACACGAUGCAAAUAAAGUGUUAUUAAAUGUUAUGCCUGUACUUGGCCAACUUCAUCAUAUUGGAUGGUUGUUUAGAAUCAAUAAAAAUGAGGUUAAUUAAUUUUAUACAUAUCCACGUAAAUGAGUUGUACAUUAUUUAAUAAUAACUUAAAUACACUUUUGUUGUAUACAAUUAAUUUCAUAAAAUUUAAUAAAUCUCACUUGAACUUUCACAAAUUUUGAUUUAAAUAUUGACUCAAUGUUUAAUAAAUAUAAUGAAUUCCUACUUCUUCAACAUUUUUUUUUGGAAUGUUUCCUGUCAAUAUUUAGUGUAUUUAAAUAAUAACUAUUUAUUUUGUUUUUAGAAUGGUUAUAUGUGUAGCUUAAAUUCAGAAGAAGAAUUUACAGUUAAUGACAAAUGGCAAUCUGUAUUUGGAGUAAUUACUAGCAAAGAAUUGCGAUUAUACGAAGUGGCUCCUUGGAGUCCAGAUGCAUGGUCUGCUCCUCUGUUUGUUUGUUCAUUGUUAUCCACAAGGCUGAUGAGUUCAUCUCGUAAAUCUGAUUUAAUCACAUUUAGUAUAAGAUGUGGAACUGAAGAAGGCAUCAUAACUCACCGACUUAAAGUUGAUACUCAAAGAGACCUUGCUAGCUGGGCACGAGCCAUAAUUCAAGGUUGCCAUAAUUCUGUUGCAAAUAGAAGAGAAGUAAAUUGCCGUAAGUAUUAGUGUAUCUAAAUUUAUAUUUCAUUAAUAUAUACAAUUAUUACCUAUAUUUCAAAUUAUUAUUUUGUAUUACUAUUCAUUUUAUCUACAAUAAAAUAAAAUUGGUUUUUAGGAUGUUUAUGGCACGGAAAGCCAGCACAAUUAUCAAUUCACUAUGAAAAUGGGUUUACACUUCUUGAGUCAACAACUGGAUCUGUAGGACGUGAACCUAAGAAACUAUGGAGUUAUCCUUUUGAAAAGUUAAAACUGUCUUCAGACGAUAAUAACAGAUUACUUUGGUUAGAUUUUGGCGAUAGCAUUGAAAUAGUAAGUAUUUAAUUUUUAUAAUUAACAAUAACUUAAACCUGUGAGAUAAAAUUAAAAUAAAUACUGUUUUUAAAUAUUGAUUUAUUUAACCAUUAACUUCAAGAAGUACAAAUUACUGAGCUCUAACAUAAAUUAAAAUUGAUUGAAGUAUAUUGUUUUAUAGAGAAUGCAGGAAUUAUUUAAUAACCCUAUCACAAUUUUAGAUAAACUAAUGUUAAAAAUUGAAUGACAUUUUUUUGUUCGUCAAUACAAUNAAUAAUAAAAUAAAAUUGUCUUCCAAAUUGUUUUAAUAUAUUACACAACUAAUAUUUAUUUUGAUUUUAUUUUAGGAAUUGGACUUGGAAUGUAGUCCAAAACCAUUAGUGUUCAUUUUACAUAACUUUCUAUCAGCCAAAAUCCAUCGGCUUGGUUUGUAUGCAUGA